CCCCUCCCUCUCCAUCUCAUCCCCCUGUCCCUCUCCCUCCCCCGGGACUUGGUUUCUUUUUAUAACACCUUUUUUUCGCUCUCAUUCUCGACAUCUCUUCCUCUUCUCUUUUCCUUCUGUGUCCAGCCUUGAUAAGACUUGUUCAAUAUCAGAGCAGCAACAAAAAUGUCAGAAUCUUCCGCCGCGGCCUCAAAGGCCCAGGCGUCGGCCUUCCCUGAUGGCACCACCGACUACGUGCCUCUGCGCGCCAGCGGCAAAUACGACCUCAAAAAGGUGCACAUCUCAGAGACGCCCAUGACCUGGGGGAACUGGUACAAGCACGUCAACUGGCUCAACACCACCUUCAUCGUCUUCAUCCCCCUGCUGGGCUUCGUCUCCGCCUACUGGGUGCCUCUCAAGCUGGCCACGGCCAUCUUCUCCGUCAUCUACUACUUCAACACUGGUCUAGGAAUCACAGCUGGCUACCACCGUCUCUGGGCUCACUCCUCAUACAAGGCCACUCUCCCCCUCAGAAUCUACCUUGCCGCUGUCGGUGCUGGCGCCGUCGAAGGCUCCAUCCGCUGGUGGUCAAGAGGCCACCGCUCUCACCACCGAUACACCGACACCGACAAGGACCCCUACUCCGUCCGCAAGGGCCUCCUGUACUCCCACAUCGGCUGGAUGGUCAUGAAGCAGAACCCCAAGCGAAUUGGCCGCACUGACAUCACCGACCUCAACGAGGACAGCAUCGUUGUCUGGCAGCACCGCAACUACCUCAAGUGCGUCAUCUUCAUGGGCCUCGUCUUCCCCACCCUCUUCUGCGGCCUCAUGUUCAACGACUUCCUCGGCGGCUUCGUCUACGCCGGCAUCCUCCGCAUCUGCUUCGUCCAGCAGGCCACCUUUUGCGUAAACUCCCUCGCCCACUGGCUCGGCGACCAGCCCUUUGAUGACCGCAACUCACCCCGUGACCACAUCGUCACCGCUCUCGUCACUCUCGGUGAGGGCUACCACAACUUCCACCACGAGUUCCCCUCAGACUACCGAAACGCCAUUGAGUGGUGGCAGUACGACCCCACAAAGUGGAUGAUUGCCCUGUGGAAGUUCACCGGCCUCGCCUACGACCUGAAGCAGUUCCGCUCCAACGAGAUUGAAAAGGGCCGUGUCCAGCAGCUCCAGAAGAAGCUCGACCAGAAGCGUUCCACCCUCGACUGGGGCACUCCCCUCGAGCAGCUCCCCGUCGUCGACUGGGACGACUUUGUCUCUCAGUCCAAGAACGGCAAGGCCCUCGUUGCCAUUGCCGGUGUCAUCCACGACGUUACCGACUUCAUCAAGGACCACCCCGGUGGCAAGGCCCUCAUCUCCUCCGCCAUCGGCAAGGACGCCACGGCCAUCUUCAACGGCGGUGUCUACCUCCACUCCAACGCCGCCCACAACCUGCUCUCCACCAUGCGAGUCGGCGUCCUCCGCGGUGGCUGCGAAGUCGAGAUCUGGAAGCGCGCCCAGUUUGAGAACAAGGACGUUACCUAUGUCAAUGACUCUGCUGGCCAGCGCAUCGUGCGUGCCGGUUCCCAGGUCACCAAGGUUGUUCAGCCCGUGGCCAGCGCCGACGCUGCUUAAAUUAGUGGACGCAUGAGAUGAAGGGAAAAUGCAAACAGAGUUUUAUCAAGGAUUAGAGUUGAAAAGUCCACUUGGAGUUUUAUAUACAAAGCGGUGAGGGGUAGGGGAAAUUUCUACUAGUUUCCUUUUCUACCUGCAUUACCCUGCAUAUACUACAGCUGGGUUACUUUUUCGAUAACAGUCACUACCAAACUCUUGAUGGAAAAAAUUUAUCAUGAAUUGGCGUUUGAAAGGGAAAUGAAAUAUUUUAAAGGGGAUCCGGUAGACAUUAAAUUGAGACCGGACAAAUCAGGGGCGUUUUUAUUUACAGAGUAAACACUGCAGAAGUGGAAAAGAGAAGACUCUCAAAUCAUAAAUAUAUUAUACAUUCUGAUAUAAUCA